AAUAAUGUUAAUAGAAAUAAGAGAUUGGAUACUAGAUAGAUUUAUAUAAGAUGCGAUCAAAUACUAAUUUUAAUGCAAGAAAUAAUAAACAUACUGAUUUAUAAUUGACGACGUACAAUAGUAUGAUUUAAGAAAAAAUAUUUUCAAAACCGUGAAAAGUUUUGAAUUAUUAUACGGUUUUAAAGUUGUAAAGAUUUAGUUUCAGAAGUUUAUUGCAAGGUACCAAGUUUUUGUGGCUCAGAAUUGUUUAGCUUUAGUUUGGCAUCUUAGUGGUACUGAAGUAAAAGCAUUCGAAAAGUAUUCCAGUGACAAUAUCAAAUAUGGUUUUUCACAAAGCACCAGCUAUUCCUAUUUAUAAUUACCUUUUACAACAUAAAACACCAAAAUUUAAGUUAGUCACCUACCAGGGUUUAGUUAUUGGAAUAACAUAUCUUAGUUAUAUGUCGUAUCAUGCAGCCAAACGACCUUUCAGCGUUGUUAAAGGAGAAUUGAAUCCAAACUGCACCAUAACAGCAGUUAACAACACAUGCACUGCAUGGCGUCCGUUUUCUAAUCCAACUGAAACACAAGAUUUGUUUGGUUUACUGGAUUGUGCAUUUCUUCUCACUUAUGCGUUGGCCAUGUUUGUAAGUGGAUACAUUGCAGAACACACUAAUUUGCGUAUUUACUUAAGUUUAGGGAUGUUCUUUACUGGAAUUUUUACUAGUUUAUUUGGCUUGGGCUUUUUUUUGAAGAUUCAUUCCUUAUAUUUCUUUUUCCUUAUUCAAAUUCUCACUGGCAUCGCACAAUCAACAGGUUGGCCAUGCGUUGUUGAGGCUGUUGGUUUAUGGUUUCCAGAAGGUAAACGUGGUUUAAUAAUGGGAAUUUGGAAUACUCAUAUAUCUGUCGGAAACAUUGUUGGAACAGCUCUUGCUGCUCCUUUUGUUGAAUACAACUGGGGAUUAUCUUUUGUUGUUCCAGGCUGCUUGAUUGCUGGAAUUGGAAUUUUAGUGUUUCUUUUUUUAGUCCCAGAUCCUCGUGAAGUUAAUAUGACAAACUUGGAAGAUACAGCAUAUUCUGAAGAAGAAAUGUUAUUAGAAAAAGAAAACUUCAAGGGUGGCUCUAACGAUCACCCAAUUGGAAUAUGGAAAGCUCUAUGGAUUCCCGGUGUUGUUGAAUACUCAAUGUGUUUAUUUUUUGCUAAGUUAGUAAGUUAUACCUUCUUAUUCUGGUUACCUUUUUACAUUGGCAGUAUUUCUAUAAAAGGCAAAGUUUAUAGUAAAUCUCAAGCAGCAGAUUGGGCUACAUUGUUUGAUGUGGGGGGUGCUAUUGGUGGUGUUGUUGCUGGCGCUUUAAAUGAUUUAUCUGGCAAACCCGGUUUAGUAAAUUUUUUAUUCUUGGUUUGCGCUGCUCCUUGUUUAUUGUUGUUACAAAUCUAUGGAUCAACUAGUUUAUCAACAUUUAUAGGUUAUCUAAUGAUAACGGGAUUUUUUGUAAAUGGUCCUUAUGCAUUAAUCACUACUGCAGUAUCUGCAAGUUUAGGCGCACAUCCUUGUUUACAUGGAAAUACAAAAGCAAUGGCGGUUGUGACAUCAAUUAUUGACGCCACAGGAUCUCUUGGUGCAGCGGUCGGCCCACUAUUAGCUGGUGUUAUUUCAUCAAAAACAAAUUCAUGGGUUUUUGUCUUUUAUAUGCUUAUUUUAGCUGAUGUAUUAGCAGCACUUUUUUUAAGUAGACAGUUGUUUUGUGAGAUUAAAGCUAUUUGUAGUCGUAGAAAUAAAUCUCCAAUCAAUUCAAAUCAGUUGGUAAUCAAUGAAAAUUAACUAUUUUGUUACAAGAUAUAUUGGUAUUUCUAUUGUUAGAAAUUAUUAUUAAAAGUGUAUAUUGUUAUUAUUAUCAUGAUUAUUAUUAUUAUUAUUUUUUUUUUUUUUUUGUAUAAAAUCUUUUUGUAAUAGAAGUAAUUUAUGAGAUAAUUGAAAAAGAGACUUGUUGACUCUGGUUUAUAUCAAGAUUUUUUUUUUACUUUAUAUA